GGGCCGCCUGUGGGCGUGGGCGUGGCCGGGCCUGGACAGUAGCAGGGGCCAUGUCAGCGCCGCCACCCCUGCAGAUCCGCGAGGCAAACGCACACCUGGCGGCGGUGCACAGGCGCGCGGCGGAGCUGGAGGCGCGGGUGGAUGCGGCGGAGCGGACGGUGCGUGCCCAGGCGGAGCGCCUGGCCCGCCAUGACCAGCAGCUGCGCGCAGCCCUGGACGAGCUGGGCCGCGCCAAGGACCGUGAGAUUGCCGCUCUCCAGGAGCAGCUGCUGACCUCCGAGGCUGCUGUCCAGAGCCUGCAGGCUGCUGUGCGCCAGAGGGAAGAGCUCAUCCGGCAGCUGCUGCCCCGGGCGGAACUGCUGCAGGACAUCUGCCGCCGUCGGCCACCCCUGGCUGGGCUGCUGGCCACCCUGGUUGAGGCUGAGCGGCUGGGGCCCCUGCCAGCCAGUGACCCCAGCCACGUACUCCCUGGUGGUCCCAGUUCACCUCUUGCCAACAGUACUGGGGAGGAAGAGGACAGGGACCACCGCCAGCCUGCCCUUUUUGGGACUACUGUGUGAACCCGAGAGAGCAGAUUUCAGAAGGCAGAAAGAGGGCCCCUAUGAGGACUUUUCCCACCUCUGUGCCUGUCGUUGGGCAUCACCAGUAUGCUGGAGAGGAUCCUGUGGCAGAGCCAUAAUCCUUUCCAAGCAUCAGAGCCUGCUAACAAGUCAGAGGUUUUAAAUGGGCCACCUGCAGGCCGAAUGUGGAUGUUUAACCUGGACAGAAGUUUAUUAUUUUUUUAAACUGAAACUUUGAAUUAAUCACCCUUGUUGGAAAAACUGCCAGCACUUACAUAAAAAUCUGGAUUUCUGGCUUCAGAAUGAGACAUCCCUGCCUGGAUCAGAGUCCAGGGUACCCUCUUCAGCUGGUGUGAGUUUCAGCUGGCCCCCACAUCUUUCUUAGGACCAGAUGUCUGCCCCUGAAGAAUCGGUUUGAGACCUUAUUCUCUGGUGGAGGCAGAUGGCGUCAAGUUCAAUGUUAUCUGAGUUUUUCUCCUUCUCUUCCUCCCUUGCCCUGAUUUUUGUUCCUCUUAAAGCAUUAUCUCCCAUCCUAAAGCAUUUUAUUAUUCUUCAUCCCAGACCAGAGUUGGGAGGUGCAAGCCUCAGGCCAUUUUGCAUUGAUUAUAUGAAUUUUUUUUUUGGCUGCGCUUGAGGGAUAUAGAAGUUCCAGGCCAGGGAUCAAACAUGAUGUGCCGCAUCGUUGACAACACCAGACCCUUAACAGCUAGGCUAGCAGGGAACCCCUGAAAACAAAAAAAUUUUUUAAAGGCUAUGCCCUGCCCCCUCUGACAUGUGGAAGUUGCUGGGCCAGGGAUCCAACCCGUAUUCCAGCAGCGACCUGAGCCACUGUAGUGACAACGCUGGAUCCUUAAGCCACUGCAUCACAAGGGAACUCACAUUUUUUAAUCCUAAACUUUUCCCUAACUUUGUCCUUCCCUCAACCCAGGAAAGAGUAUGCAAGUGGGAUAUGCUGAGAUGCUGGCAGCCAGCCUUUGUGGGCAUCCCAUAGCCUUAUUUUUUUGGCCCCAUCCAUGGCAUGUGGAAGUUCCUGGGCCAGGGAUUGAAUCUGCACCGGGGCAGUGAUCUGAGCCACAUUAGUGGGAACACUGGAUCCUUAACACACUAAGCCACUGGGGAACUCCUCACAUAACCUUUUUUUAUUAGCAUCCUGCCUCAGGGGCUUUACACAGGCUGUUCCCUCUGCCUAGAAUAUUCUCCCCCCAUAUGUCACAGGACUAGCUCCUCAUUGCUCAGGUCUUUGUUCAAAUGUCAUCUGCUCUGAGAGGCCUUCCCUGACCUCCUUAUCUAAGAUAAUUCCUCCCCCUCCACCAUUUUAUUUCCCAUGGAGUAUAAGCUCCAUGAGGGCACGGUUUUUGUUUCUUGUCACCAGUGCCUGGCACAUCCUGGGACCCCAUUAAGAACAGGGUGAGUCCAUGAGUCCUGAAAGGAGUCAGGGACCCCAGCCUAUCUGGUGUGGCCCCCUGGCCAGUGCAGCUUCUGUAGCAGGAGUGGGUUCUUUUUUAUAUUCCCUAGAGAAUCUAUUUUUUAACCCCUUAUUUCUAUACCACCUUUCUUGGCCCGAUGUUUUCAGGGUGCUUUACUUUUCAUCAAACCAGGGAUUCCUACGCCCUUCUCUGUCCAGCCCAAGUGCCUGGCCUGGUCCCAUGGCAGCUGUUUCCCAGCCUUCUUACUCAGGGAAUUGUCACACCAGGAACUGCUGCGGGGCACAGCCCCUUUCAGACCAGAGAGCUCAGUGUCCUUCCUUGGCCCUCAGAAGGCGGCCGUAUGGUGUCUUAACAGUGAUCCCUCGGUGUGGUAACAAUGGCCUCGUCUUCUCCUCUGGACGAAUAAGGUGGGGGGUGCUCUUUGUAUGAGGGGAAGGCAGGCUGGGGCCUGUCUGAGCUCAAGAAUAAACCAAAUGAUUUCA